ACCAUCUGCAACCUCCAAACCCACAGCUGUGGGGUUUUGAACCUCAAACUUCCCUCCUGUUAGUGGGGGAUGGAAAGGAAGCUUCUGCUUGUUGGAGAGACCUGAAAGCUCAGCCCAGGAGCCAAGAUAAGGAUUCACAUUUGCCUUGGCAUCCCCUGGCAACCUGAUGGUGAUGCAUCCCAUUCCCAGCACCUCCCUGUGGGGAAACUGAGGCAUUUCAUAUGGAUGGGCAGUGCACACGAGUGCCAGUGGAGGGUGGGCUGAAGGCCUUGGGGGUGAGGGUGGUGCAUGUCCCCCUAGGCAAUGGCAGCAUUGAGCUGUGGAUGUCCAGCUCUGGAUCAUGGGGUGCAAGGACUCCCAUGGGGGCCGGGCCCACCGCAAACCCUUGCUCCCAUGGGAGCACAGCCAUGCUGAGGAGUGGGGCUCUGCGAGUGGAGCUGCCGCCUGGUUUGGCUCCCCCCAAAUGAAAGCUGUGGUGCAGAGCUACCCCUGUAUACACCCAUGAACCGUGGUCCCCAACAACGGCAGUGCAGGCUGGAGACAGGUGUCCCCUUAAUACCCUCCCAGAAAAGCCAAUUACCCGCAUGAUUAUGAUUAAUAAUUCUGUAAGCCCCAAUCGCGCUGACUCCGGCGCCCGCAGCUUACCCCAGGGGGCACUUUAUAAGAGGUGCCCGCAGGGGUGAGCGCUGCCGCUUCUCCCCGGGGUGCCAGCGAAGGCUGAGAGGUGGCGGGAGCCCCACUCGAGAGGUGAACCCCCCGCGCAGCACAGAACCCCUGAGGAAGAGCACGAGGCGCCCCCCGAGCCGCAACCAUGAACGGGACCGAAGGCCAAGACUUCUAUGUGCCUAUGUCCAACAAGACAGGGGUGGUGCGGAGCCCCUUCGAAUACCCCCAGUACUACCUGGCUGAGCCCUGGAAGUACUCGGCGCUGGCUGCCUACAUGUUCAUGCUCAUCCUGCUUGGCUUCCCUAUCAACUUCCUCACGCUGUACGUCACCAUCCAGCACAAGAAGCUCCGGACACCUCUAAACUACAUCCUUCUGAACCUGGCAGUCGCUGACCUCUUCAUGGUCUUUGGUGGCUUCACGACCACCAUGUACACUUCGAUGAAUGGGUACUUUGUCUUUGGAGUAACGGGGUGCUACAUCGAAGGCUUCUUUGCCACGCUGGGUGGUGAAAUCGCUCUCUGGUCGCUGGUUGUCCUGGCCAUCGAAAGAUACGUGGUGGUCUGCAAGCCCAUGAGCAACUUCCGCUUCGGGGAGAACCACGCCAUCAUGGGUGUUGCCUUCACCUGGAUCAUGGCACUGGCGUGCGCCGCUCCCCCGCUGUUCGGCUGGUCCAGGUACAUCCCCGAGGGCAUGCAGUGCUCGUGCGGGAUUGACUAUUACACCCUGAAGCCAGAGAUCAACAACGAAUCUUUCGUUAUCUACAUGUUUGUGGUUCACUUCAUGAUCCCACUGAUGGUCAUUUUCUUCUGCUACGGGAACCUGGUUUGCACCGUCAAGGAGGCUGCUGCCCAGCAGCAGGAGUCUGCCACCACCCAGAAGGCAGAGAAGGAAGUGACCCGCAUGGUCAUCAUCAUGGUCGUCGCCUUCCUGAUAUGCUGGGUCCCCUACGCCAGCGUCGCUUUCUACAUCUUCACCAACCAGGGGUCAGACUUUGGGCCCAUCUUCAUGACCAUCCCGGCUUUCUUUGCCAAGAGCUCCGCCAUCUACAACCCUGUGAUUUACAUCGUCAUGAACAAACAGUUCCGUAACUGCAUGAUCACAACCCUCUGCUGCGGCAAGAACCCGCUGGGCGACGAGGACACAUCUGCGGGCAAGACAGAGACCUCCUCCGUCUCCACCAGCCAGGUCUCCCCCGCGUAGGCUCCGCAGCGCGGCCGGUCCUCGGGGUGCGCGUCACCGCCUCGGGAGCACGAACCUGUCCCUGCCACCGCCCGUCCCCGCUGCACCGCUGCGGGCCCUGCGGGUGGGCUCCUCUCUCCUGCACUAGGAACCCUGGGCACAAGGCUGGAAAUGUGUACACACGUUUUGUAAUUAAAAUGCAAAGGCUUUAGCUCCGCUGCCGUAAAUCCGCCUUUCUGUUCACUCGCUGAGCGCUCGCGCCCUGCUCCGAGGGCAAACCCCGGCUCCGACGCCUGCGGUGCACGGCCCGAGCCGCACUCCCCUCCCCGCUCCCACCCUGACGGCCCGGCCGGUG